AUGGCGACCUUUACGGCUUUGAACGGGGGCUCGCCAAAGUCGGCGGAAGGAACCAACGGGGCGAUGGACGGAGAGCGGCGAAGCCCGCAAUCGGCCAGCGCUGAGCCUAAAUCGGCUGAAGGGUACCACAGCCAGAGGGAUCGAGAGGGCCGCGAGGUGCAGGAACGUCGGAGUAGCACCAAUCACGAGAGGCUUCCCUUUCCCGGCGCCGCCACCUUUGCAGAUGCCGAGGGAUCGCACAAGCGCAAGCGGUCAAUAUCAGACUCUCCUAGGAGGGAACGCCCACGGUCACCACCUGUGCGGACAGAAAGGGCCGAGCGAUCAGAGCGGCCGGAGCGGUCAGAGCGCGUGGAGCGCAUGGAGCGUGCGGAGCGGUCAGAACGAUCAGAGCGGACGGAACGGUCUGAACAGUACGAGUCGCAUCGCCAUCCGUCAGAAUCGCAAGAUGGACGUACUACGCCGCAACGGGAUACUUAUCGAGGACGGCAAAGAGAUGAAGCGCGGGAUAACGAGCACUGGCGCACGGAGCGGGCUAGGGAAGAACGCACUUCGAGCUACGAAGCCCCUUACUCGGCUGGUCCGGUAUCGGCUCAGUCAGAGGAGCCAACGGGCGACUUGCUACGGAGGGCGACGAGCCACGGCGAUGACGACCAAAGUCCCGACGGCGACGACCGUUCUGUCUAUCCUGGCCAGUACUCAUCCGAACACCGCCGGGAUGGCAUCCUCCAGUCGGACCCAAAGAAGAGGAAGCGCAAUUUCAGCAACCGCACCAAGACGGGUUGUCUGACAUGUAGGAAGCGAAAGAAGAAGUGCGACGAGAAAAAGCCCGAAUGCAACAAUUGCUACAAGGGUGGUUUCGUUUGCGCUGGCUAUCCUCCGCAGAGGGGAGCCUGGACCAAUACGCCCGAGAGCAGCAAGCCUGCGCAGGUCAACAUUGAGUCGAAGGAUCCGAACUAUGUGCCUCCGGGAGCGUACGGGAUGCCCCAGCAACCACCCCCGUACAGCGGCAGCCAACAGCCUCCGCUCGGCCAGCAACCGAAGCGUGAUUCCCUGCCAUAUAACCGCGGCCAGCCCACGCUCCGGAUUACGCCCCCCCAGGGCCGUCCUUUGCAGACAGACGACGACAGGCUGACCGCAUCGACAAUGCCGAGCUCAAUCAUUAGCCCCGACAACAAGCUCUCGGCACUAUCAGGGUACACAACGUCAGCAUCGGCAAACAUGUUCCCCACCCCGGUCAGCGCUGCCGCCGUAUCGGCCUUCUCGGACCGAACGCCAAAGGAGUACCAACGCGUGCCGCCGCUUCAUGACCUCACGCGGACUGAUCCGGAUCAACAAUCGUUACCUCCUCCACCACCUCCGCAAAGCAGUACCAUGGCGCAUCCCCCGUUUAACAGCAUGCUGCACGGCGGCAGGACGUCGACUCCACCGGCACCGUCGUCUGCGAUAUCCUCCCAACCUCCUUCUGGCGGUGCCCAGGCGACGGCACAGGCCGCCCUUUCCCACUCGCAGUUCUCCUCAGACAGACCAUCACGUCGGCAGAAAGAGGAGAUGCUGAACGGCCGGCCGUACUAUCCCUUCGACAAGGAGCUCGUGCUCGAGCGAGAGCGGUGCAACGCUGCUUGUUGGCGGUUCAACAACUCGACCAACCCAAACCUGGGCGUCUCCCCCACCGAGCGCGCGCGGUUGUUUCGCGACAUCCUCCACCCGCGCGAGGGCAUUCAGCUAUCGCCUAGUAUGGUAUCGCCUGUCACUCGUGCCGGGCGCGUGGGCGAGAAUGCGACGGUCGAGGCUCCCUUUAAUUGUGACUACGGUUAUAACAUCCAAAUCGGCAACAACGUCUCGAUCGGCCGAAACUGCCUCAUCAACGACGUCUGCGAGGUCAACAUCGGGAACAAUGUCAUCAUCAGUCCUAACGUUUGUAUCUAUACGGGCACCUGUAGCACCAAUCCGCGUUACCGUAAGGGGAACCAGGGCACGCAGUACGGCAAACCCGUCAUUAUCGAGGACGAUGUUUGGAUCGCGGCAAAUGUGGUCAUCCUUCCCGGGGUCAGGAUCGGCAAGGGCUCGACUGUUGGCGCGGGGUCGGUCGUCACGAGGGAUGUCGCCACCUGGAGUGUCUACAUGGGCCUCAAGGCCGGCCACCGCAGGGGCAUUGCGCUUGUUCCCUGA